CCGCCCCGCAAUGACUGCCAGUGCGGUGGAGCAGUUGCGCAAGGAGGGCAACGAGCUGUUCAAAUGCGGAGACUACGAGGGCGCCCUGACGGUCUACACUCAGGCCCUGGGUCUGGGCGCGACGCCCCAGGACCAGGCCAUUCUGCACCGAAACCGGGCCGCCUGCCACCUCAAGCUGGAAGAUUACGACAAAGCAGAAACCGAGGCAUCCAAAGCUACCCUCACCUUUUCUGAGGCUGGAAUACUGAGCCCCACAUCUGUCCCCCCUCCUUCCUUGGGCCCUCGAGACCUUUCCCUACUACUGCUCUUGCCUGAAGACGGUGGCCUCAUGGGUGCUGACAGAGCUCCCAUUUGUGCUCAGCCAUUGAAAAGGACGGAGGGGACGUCAAAGCACUUUACCGGCGCAGCCAAGCCCUAGAGAAGUUGGGCCGCCUUGACCAGGCUGUCCUUGACCUGCAGAGAUGUGUGAGCCUGGAGCCCAAGAACAAAGUUUUCCAGGAGGCCCUGAGGAACAUUGGGGGCCAGAUUCAGGAGAAGGUGCGAUACAUGUCCUCAACGGAUGCCAAAGUGGAACAGAUGUUUCAGAUACUGUUGGACCCACAAGAGAAAGGCACUGAGAAGAAACAAAAGGCUUCCCAGAACCUGGUGGUGCUGGCCCGGGAGGAUGCUGGGGCUGAGAAGAUCUUCCGGAGCAAUGGGGUUCAGCUCUUGCAACGCCUGCUGGACACUGGGGAGGCUGACCUGAUGCUGGCAGCUCUGCGCACCCUGGUCGGCAUUUGCUCCGAGCACCAGUCCCGAACAGUGGCAACCCUGAGUGUGCUGGGAACUCGGCGUGUGGUCUCCAUCCUGGGUGUGGAAAACCAAGCAGUGUCUCUGGCUGCCUGCCACCUGCUGCAGGUUAUAUUUGAUGCCCUCAAGGAAGGCGUCAAGAAAGGCUUCAGAGGCAAAGAAGGCGCCAUCAUCGUGGAUCCUGCCCGGGAGCUAAAGAUCCUUAUCAGCAACCUCUUGGAGCUACUGACUGAGGUGGGGGUCUCCGGCCAAGGCCGUGACAAUGCUCUGACCCUCCUGAUUAAAGCAGUGCCCCGAAAGUCUCCUAAGGACCCCAACAAUAACCUCACCCUCUGGGUCAUUGACCAAGGCCUGAAAAAGAUUCUGGAGGUGGGGGGCUCUGUGCAGGAGCCCCCUGGGGAGCUUGCAGUGACCGCAAACAGCCGCAUGAGUGCCUCCGUGCUCCUCAACAAGCUUUUUGAUGACCUGAAGUGUGAUGCUGAGAGGGAGAAUUUCCACCGACUCUGUGAAAACUAUAUCAAGAGCUGGUUUGAGGGCCAUGGGCUGGCAGGGAAGCUGCGGGCCAUCCAGACGGUGUCCUGCCUCCUGCAGGGCCCUUGUGAAGCUGGCAACCGGGCCCUGGAGCUGAGUGGCGUCAUGGAGAGCGUGAUCGCUCUGUGUGCCUCUGAGCAGGAGGAGGAGCAGCUAGUGGCUGUGGAGGCCCUCAUCCAUGCAGCCGGCAAAGCCAAGCGGGCCUCAUUUAUCACCGCCAACGGCGUGUCGCUGCUAAAGGACCUGUACAAGCGCAGCGAGAAAGACAGCAUCCGAAUACGAGCGCUGGUGGGCCUGUGUAAGCUUGGCUCGGCUGGAGGGACAGACUUCAGCAUGAAGCAGUUUGCUGAAGGCUCCACUCUCAAACUGGCCAAGCAGUGUCGAAAGUGGCUAUGCAAUGACCAGAUUGACACAGGCACACGGCGCUGGGCAGUGGAGGGCCUGGCCUACCUCACCUUCGAUGCGGAUGUGAAGGAAGAGUUUGUGGAGGAUGAGGCCGCCCUGAAGGCUUUGUUCCAGCUCAGCAGGUCUGAGGAGAGAUCAGUGCUCUUUGCGGUGGCCUCGGCGCUUGUGAAUUGCACCAACAGCUAUGAUUAUGAGGAGCCGGACCCCAAGAUGGUGGAGCUGGCCAAGUACGCCAAGCAGCAUGUGCCUGAGCAGCAUCCCAAGGACAAACCGGGUUUCGUGCGGGCUCGGGUGAAGAAGCUGCUGGCGGCGGGCGUGGUGUCAGCCAUGACAUGCAUGGUGAAGACCGAGAGCCCCGUGCUGACCAAUUCCUGCCGGGAGCUGCUCUCUAGGGUCUUCCUGGCUUUGGUGGACGAGGUAGAGGACCGUGGCACUGUGGUGGCUCAAGGUGGGGGUAAGGCUUUGCUCCCGCUGGCCCUGGAAGGCACUGACGUGGGGCAAACGAAGGCAGCCCAGGCUCUUGCCAAGCUCACCAUCACUUCCAACCCAGAGAUGACUUUUCCUGGUGAGCGGAUCUAUGAGGUGGUCCGGCCUCUCGUCUCCCUGCUGCACCUCAACUGCUCAGGCCUGCAGAACUUCGAGGCACUCAUGGCUCUCACGAACCUGGCGGGGAUCAGCGAGAGGCUCCGGCAGAAGAUCCUGAAGGAGAAGGCUGUGCCGAUGAUUGAGGGCUAUAUGUUCGAGGAGCACGAGAUGAUCCGCCGGGCAGCCACGGAGUGCAUGUGUAACCUAGCUAUGAGCAAGGAGGUACAGGACCUCUUUGAAGCCAAGGGCAACGACCGGCUGAAGCUGCUGGUGCUGUACAGCGGAGAGGAUGAUGAGCUGCUGCGGCGGGCGGCUGCUGGGGGCCUGGCCAUGCUCACCUCCAUGCGGCCCUCACUCUGCAGCCGCAUCCCCGAAGUGACUACACACUGGCUGGAGAUCCUGCAAGCCUUGCUUCUGAGCCCCAACCAGGAGCUGCAACACCGGGGUGCGGUGGUGGCACUGAACAUGGUGGAGGCCUCCAAGGAAAUCGCCGGCACCCUCAUGGAGAGCGAGGUGCUGGAGAUCCUGUCAGUGCUGGCUAAGGGCAAGGAGAGCCCUGUCACAAGAGCUGCUGCAGCUUGCCUGGCGAAAGCGGUGGAAUAUGGGCUCAUCAAACCCAACCAGGACGGAGAGGGAGGGGCUGCCUCAUGCACACGCUAGCAAGAGGAGUGAGGACUUAAAUAGCUUUGGCUACCAGGCACUGGGCUGCUGAACACUGGCCUCUCCCCUGUAGCUGCCCCUCAGUGUCCUCUGCUGAACCCAGGACCAUGGUCAGUCACGGCCCUGCUCUGCCAGCACUGCCUCCAGCCUCACACAGCAGGACCCCCUCCUGUACCACCGUAGACAGCUGGGAACGGGGAAGGUGCAUCCUAAUGUCCCUGUGCAUUCCCAGCAUUGGGAAGGGCCCGUGACGCACUCUCACCAGCUAUAGGAGCUUCACCUAAGCCUGUGAGCAGGACUGCACUGAUGUGGAAAUAAAGUAUGUGGAACUCAGCUGUGCACCCCGUCCCUAGGCAGGAGAAUUUCCCACGGUCCCGUGCUCUGGAGCAGGAGCCGGGCCUGAGUGCACAGCAGAGCUAUACAGCACAGCACAGCCGCCUCUACGGAAGGAAUCCAAUGGAUCCUCACCCUGGGGCCUGCUGAGUGCUUUUACUUCUGUUGGAGGAUCAGGGGUAAACCUAGGAAGCUAAUAAUCUAUUCAGUCACAUGGGAAUAAAUGGGUUUGGACUCCUA